AGACGUAUAUAAGGACAAUUCAGUUCGAGAUCUCGUCGCAAAGCCGACGCUAGCGCUUUGGGAACGUUCCGUGGCACGAUAAUGUUGUUGCUUCUGUAUUGUCUUGUGGCGGCCUCCGCGCCGUUCUUUAUUGCAGCGGACCAAGGCAGCCCUGACCUGCCUUUAGCUACCGAACCACCAACAGAAUGCGGAACAAUAGCACCUGAUGAUAGCUUAGUAUUAGAUGGGUCCGUUGGUAAAAGUGACAAAUUACCUUGGUAUGCUAUUAUCUACACAACCACCACCCGGCCAUACAAGCAGAUCGGUGGAGGAACCCUCAUCACUCCUUCAGUAGUAAUCUCAGCCGCUCACUGUUUCUGGCGCAAUGGUGAGGUUCCAUCUAAGGAUAAUUACGCCGUGGCGCUCGGCAAGACCCAUAGUGCUUGGAAUAGCCAUGCCGAUGUAAACGCUCACAAGUCUGAUGUAAAAGAAAUACACAUACCACCGCAGUUUAAGGGAAGGAACACUAAUUAUCGGAAUGAUAUAGCAAUCGUGGUCAUGUCAGACCCUGUGACCUACAAAGUGGACAUCCGCCCUAUCUGUUUGAACUUCGAUGUACAAUUUGAAAGACUGCAAUUAAAAGACGGCAUUAUGGGGAAGAUCGGCACAUGGAAUGUAAGUCGUGAGACACUGAAACUAUCGAAAACAUUAAAAGUGGUGGAGAAUCCAUACAUUGACGCAGCGACUUGUAUUAGUGAGUCUCCGGCAAGCUUCAGAAAUUCCAUCACUGCGGACAAAAUAUGCAUCGGAUACGUUAACGGCACCGGGCUAUGUAGAGGUGAUGGCGGCGCUGGGGUGGCUUUCCCUAGCCAGGAACAAGGAGUGCAACGUUACUACCUCAGAGGUGUUAUAUCUACAGCCCAUACCAGCGAUGAUGGCAACUUAUGUGCAGAUGGAUUUGUAACUGCCACUGCUAUAGGCCAUCAUGAACAUUUUAUCAAACAGUUUAUAAGCGAUUAGGAUGGUGGAAUGUUUAAAAAUACAAGAGUGUGAGGCAGUGAUGAAGGGUCCGUACUACCCGAUUCUUGCUGGCUUCCGUUUCGUAAUUAACGUAAAAUCUAAUUAUCAUUAGAAUAUUUUGGAAAACCUUAGGGUUACCUUUCGGAAAACUUCACCGUUUGCCACUGGUGUGAAGAUCUGUCCCCCCAUAAACUGAUGGGAAAUUGUAUGUAGGUACUCGAGUUAUAAUUUCUUUUUAUACGUGCGUUUAAGUUCCAUUACAACUUACCAAUUUUAUGAAUAAAUAUUUAAUAAACAAUUAACAAAAUUAA